UAUAAUGUUAAAAUAAAACUUCUACUCUAACGGAUAGAUUAAAAAUAGCAUCAAAUGAUCUAGAUUUAACUAGCUUUUCAACCACCUUGUAAAUGAAAUGAAAUAAAAAUGAUCAAAUUUGUGAUUUCUCUCCAUUCUCCCACAUGCCUAUGUGGCAAUUCCUGCCAUAUCUAUUUACUUUUUUUUUUUUUGUCAUAAGCAAGUCUUGCUCAUUUCCUGAAAGAUAAACAGAGUAAGCACUGAACUACUUUAUGUACUAUUUUUGUAUCAUUCCUCAUCAAUGAAAAAUGAAAUCCCUGAUUCUGGUAUCCAUCUGCUCCUUUUGUUUUGUGUGUCUUUUUUCCACCAAUGCUCUGAGCCUAUGACACAGUGAUGUAUAUCAUUAGUUCAGCAUGACAACUCUUAACAUGAAAACUGCAACUGGCAUCUCAAAGCCAGCGAAUCAAUAUACAAAAAUUUACAUUUCAUGUUAAUAAAUAAGUUACCAACAAGCAUUGUGCUGCAGCAAUAAAUGGAUGCAAGUAGCUCAUGUUUCUUGAACCUGGUUUAGCUUGUAACUUGUAAGCACUGGUGAUAUGUUUCUUUGCUGAAGUUCUACAAAUAUAAGUUCGAAAUGACAAAAACGCUCAACCGUUCCAGGAGAAAUCCUUCGUUCAUGAAGCUUCUAUUUAGUGAUUUCAGCAAGAAACUGCUGAUUCCACCCAAGUUUGCGAGGCUUCAUCCAGGAACUUUGCCUAAAAAAUGUACACUAAAGCCAACUGGUACACAAAGCUCAUGGCCUGUGAGAACAAUACUGAUUGACAACCACUUGUAUUUCAAAGAAGGAUGGAAAGCAUUUGCUAAACAUCACUCUUUACAAUACGGCGACAUGCUUGUUUUUCGGUAUGCUCAAGAUUCAGAGUUUUAUGUGGAUAUGUUUGAUAAUACUUGCUGUUUAAGAGAACCUGUUGCUACCAGCCCUGCUCUCAUACUACCUGGACAAGGAAAUAAGAAUCACCCUGAAACAGCAGCGGACGAGUUAAUCUUAAGCUCAGAAUUUCCUUCAUUUAAAAGGACCAUGCAAAAAACUAAUGUGAAAAGCAAUGGAUAUCUGCAAAUCCCAUUGCAGUUUGGACGAAUGUACAUGAAAAAAAUCACUAACUACACUUCGAAGCUUGUGUCCUUAGAUAAAGGUUGGGUUGUUCAAUUAUUGAGAGGUGACAAAAGAGUUUUUAAAAAAGGUUGGUCCAACUUUGCGAAGGAGAACUCUUUAGAGCUUGAUGAUGUUUGUGUCUUUCAGCUGAUCAACGCCAAGGAUAACACUUUUGAAGUUACAAUAUUCAAAAAACCAGGAAAUGAACAGGGAACUCUGGGGAGCGUACUUUGAAGUAUACAUCUUUAAGAAAUUCUGCGGGAUCUAAAGAAUGCCAUUAUGAUGACCUAUAAACGUGAAAACAGGGUUUCUAUGCUGUUCUGGUUCAUCCAUUAAAGCCUAAAUUAUAUUGAUAGUAUUAUUGCCUAAUUAUAUAUUUCCUGUGUUUAAAACACAACCACUGGGGUACACAAUCUAUGGUCAAUGCCCUGGAAUUGCAUGUAUUAUUGUUUCUUAAGACCUUGUAAGCAAGUGAAACUUUUUAAGAUAUCUGGAGUUAUGGUUA